AUGAAUGAUGAAGAAUUUUUUAAACUUUUAAAUCAAUUUCCACUCAGAAAUGAAAAUCAAACAAAUUCAGAAACACAAUCACAACCACAACAACAACCAAACUUAUUUUCAAUUUUCAACAAUAUUAUGGGUGGUUUAAAUAGAAAUACAUCAACUACUACCACCACAACAACAUCUAGCGUAAAUAAAGAAGAAGAAGAGUUUUGGAAACGUUUAAAAUCAUUUUUAUACAAAAAUAUAAAUAAUCAAGAAGAAGCCGAUACAAUAUAUAACAAUUUUAAAAUGAAUCACGAAAAAUUUAUAAAAGAAAAAAAAAAUGAAAACUAG